ACCGUCUUUAAACCUCACCGAAGAAGAAGAAGGAGAAGAAGGAGAAUGCACCUGUUCUUUUGUGAUUACUGCCCUGCCCACUAUUUGACUGGAAGGAGAGCUAUUGCACACAUUUGUUUGUGAGGUUUCUUUGAUUGUUUUUUUUCCAAAUCUUGGGGGACAAUUGUUGCUGCAACAUGGUUUGGUUUCUGAUUCUCAUCUGGGUUGUCCAAGUGGGCAGUGUUCCGAUCACCAAUUUCACAAAUGCUACUACUUCAAAUGCUACUAUCCCUGCCACAGUGGACAAUUCUAAAAACCCCAUCAACAAUUCUACAAAUGUGACUUUCUCUGCCACAGGUUCUACUGCCUCAAUGGGGACACGCCACAGACAAAAUGAUUGGGUUAAAACGCCUGAAACUAGAGAAGAGGACUUACAGUUUGACCUUGCCGUCACGGAGGGAGACAUUCUGGUUUCGGAAGACCGCUUAGCUGUGAAGUCACUUUGGCCUGAGAAUGAAGGCGUCACUUCUAUCCCCUACAAGAUCAACGAUUAUCUGGUGGACAGAAAGGAAACUAUACUAGCAGCGUUCAAGAUGAUUUCAGACCGAACGUGUAUCCUCUUCCACGAAUACACCAAUGAGAUGAACUACAUCGAGUUCAUCUCUGGGACAGGCUGUGCGUCGUAUGUAGGUUUUCAGGGCGGGGCCCAGUCUCUGUACUUCGGUAGAGUCUGUAGCGUGGGGAACCUGUGUCAUGAGCUGAUGCAUGCACUGGGCCUGCACCACGAGCACACACGGCCAGACCGUGACCAAUACGUCACCAUACAGUGGGACAAUGUGGUCCCAGGAAAAGAAGGUAACUUUAAGGUGAAGAAAGGAGACACUCAGGACCUGCCCUAUGACUACGACUCCAUAAUGCACUACGGAACGUCAGUCACAUUCCUCUCCUCCUUAUUCCCACUAAAGUCCUAAUUUUACUCACCUUGUUUUUAAACUGCUGGCAAUAAGUAAAUAUUAGUUUUACUGGGCCUGUGUACAGUAUCCAGCUCCAGUAACAUUUCCCGGUGCGUACCCAAUGGUUCCCUAUUUAGGUCACUUUUUUACCUGGGCUCUGGUCAAACUAUGUGCACUAUAUUGGGAAUAGGGUGGCAUUGUGACGCAGUCCUUGUGUUAAAGUAGCAAGUCCUCUAAUCCCCCGUUGUUGGGUUUCUCCUGGCAGAUAUUACUUCUCAUCAAACCGGAACCCCACUAUCGGCUCCAAGAAGAGUGGAGUCCAGAUUGGACAGAGAAAUCACCUGAGCCCCCUGGACAUAACACGCCUUAACAAACUCUAUCAAUGUGAAUAACAAUGCACAGUUUAGCAUUUAUUACACCAUCGAAGAUUUCAACACCGCUGCUGUCGACUGAAGAUUCCAACACAAAUGGCACUGACAUUUUAACUUCUCAACAAUGAAUAAGUUGAACUAGUCCCUUAAAGCUUUCUGAUGUAUUAUACGUGUGUUCAGCAGCAGGCAGUAGUUUAAUUUGUCCUGUGUGCUCUUGCUGCCUUGAAUUAGGCCUAUUCCACUGCACUUGUCUUGGAAAUGAAUAAAAUGACCUCGACUGAAAAGAA